CGCCUUUGAUUAUCAGUCUCCAGCAGCCCCUCUCUUGGCUCCUUGACAUGAGCACCAUAUAAGGCGCAGCGAUCUCCAUAGAAACGUGUCAGUUUCAAUAGUAGUGUCAAAGUUCACUAUAUACAGACAUUCGCGCAGAUCCCCCGUUUCGGAAACAUUGCUCUGCUGGUCCUCCCGUUUAAGCGCAUUCAUUUUUUGGGUCUCUCCUUCUUCUUGCAUAUUCUAUUAGUUGUUGCUGUUUUUCCUCUUCUGCCGCUUCUUGAUUUUUUCAAAAGCUUUUUUCUCCUCUUCGUGUCUGCGUUCUUCCUGCCGGAGCGAGGCGAAACUAUACAUGGGCACUUCAUUCGGCGACGCGGUCUCCUCUUGCUGCUGGGCGAGAUGAUGAGGUUUAUUUAAAGAAUAUACAUGUAAAAAAAAAUCCGGCUCUCCAGUUUUUUUUCCUCCCUUCUCGUGCGGCGAAGACCGGAGCGCAAAGGAGCCAGGGGAAGAAAAGAGAAAGGAAUUUAUCUCCGCAGCACUUUGGAUCGCGGCUUUCCAGCAAAAGGUUUUUUUUACUCGCUCCUGCGUCCAUGUGAAUCGCUCCUGCCUUUUUCCUUUGUGGCUAUUUUGUAUCAAACUGCAAUUUGCUGCGUCUGGACUCUGGCUUUCCUACAAGAUUAGGGAUUCCUGAAUGGCUGGCUGCAAUAUACCUUGGAACUGGCCUCCCGAUACUUGCAUAUCCUGAUCGGUGCCUAUUCAAUCGCUCUCCUGUAUUUUGAAUGUAUUGAUCGCGUUCCGCUCGCCCUCUUUACCCCGUAAGAGAUUGCGUGUUCCGAUUUGACUUUGCACUGCCCCGUCUGUCUGAGAUCUAUUUUUGCCCGAAAUCCUCUUCGCUUCACAAACACCGGCGAUCAUUUCGCUUUAUAGCACUUUCCGGGGCCGAGAUAUGGCAAUGGUAGUUAGCGUGUGGCGAGAUCCGCAGGAAGACGUGGCCGGAGGACCUCCGAGCGGCCCCAACCCAGCAACUCAGCCGGCGAGGGAGCAGCAGCAGGCGGCGUCAGCGGCGCCGCACACUCCGCAGACCCCCAGCCAGCCGGGACCCCCGUCCACGCCGGGGACCGCCGGGAAAAGGGGUCAGAAUUCUGGACAGAGUCAGCAGCAUAUUGAAUGUGUGGUUUGCGGAGACAAAUCGAGCGGCAAACACUAUGGCCAGUUCACCUGCGAGGGAUGCAAAAGUUUCUUCAAGAGGAGUGUACGGAGGAACUUAACAUACUCAUGUCGUGCCAAUAGGAACUGUCCCAUUGACCAGCACCACCGAAAUCAGUGCCAAUACUGCCGGCUGAAGAAAUGUUUAAAAGUGGGAAUGCGUCGGGAAGCGGUUCAGCGAGGACGAAUGCCUCCAACCCAGCCCAACCCAGGCCAGUACGCGCUGACGAACGGGGACCCUCUGAAUGGCCACUGCUAUCUGUCCGGAUACAUCUCGUUAUUGCUGCGGGCCGAGCCUUACCCGACGUCCCGCUACGGGAGCCAGUGCAUGCAGCCCAACAAUAUCAUGGGCAUCGAGAACAUCUGCGAGCUGGCUGCUCGCUUGCUCUUCAGCGCCGUGGAGUGGGCGAGAAACAUCCCUUUCUUUCCCGACCUGCAGAUCACCGACCAGGUGUCCCUUCUCAGGCUGACGUGGAGCGAGUUGUUUGUGCUUAACGCGGCCCAGUGCUCCAUGCCCCUGCAUGUGGCCCCUCUGCUCGCCGCGGCAGGCCUCCACGCCUCCCCGAUGUCCGCGGACCGCGUCGUGGCUUUCAUGGAUCACAUCCGGAUCUUCCAGGAGCAAGUGGAGAAGCUUAAGACGCUGCACGUAGACUCGGCAGAGUACAGCUGCCUGAAGGCCAUCGUGCUUUUCACAUCAGACGCCUGUGGCCUGUCGGACGCAGCUCACAUCGAGAGCCUCCAGGAGAAAUCCCAGUGCGCCCUGGAGGAGUACGUGAGGAGCCAGUACCCGAACCAGCCAAGCCGCUUUGGGAAGCUCCUGCUGCGGCUGCCCUCUCUGCGCACCGUCUCCUCUUCGGUAAUCGAGCAGCUGUUCUUCGUCCGCUUGGUAGGUAAAACUCCUAUUGAAACCCUCAUCCGGGAUAUGCUAUUAUCCGGGAGCAGCUUCAACUGGCCUUACAUGUCCAUCCAAUGAUCCUAAAAUGAAAGUGGAAAAAAGAGAGGGAAAAAAGGACCAAAAUUCUGCGCCCCUCCGCCCAUCCUCCUCCAAGAAGACUAUAUAUAGGACCUUUUCUGAGAAACUUGGAAGACAUAACUUUUUUCUGUCUUCGGGGACUGUGAUGGAAUACAUAAUGUACAGAAAAUAUCGGAACUGGACUUUACGCCUGUGUAAACCCACCCUCAUCUUCAAGAACAAUACUCUUCAUUUUGUAAAAUACUAGUCUUUAUUUUCCUUUUUUUUUUUUUGGUAAAAAAUACGAAUAAAAUGAAAAACAUCAUAUGCGCAGUAAGAAAAAAAGAAUCAAGACUUAGCGGGAAAAUAAUGUUUCCAAGCAAUUAUAAGAAUUGUCCUGUGUCUAUGUACCUCUCUGUUUUGUAUUUUUUCUGGUUCUAAACCAGGGUUUCUGUGAUUCUAUACUAAUAAUUUUUUGAUAUAACCUUUUGCUUCUUAUAAUGAGUGCGAUAUAUGUUGUCGAAGCUAUGUUCUCCAAGAAUUAAAAUUGAAGUGAGAAUUUAAAAACAGAAAAAUAAAGAAAUUUAGACAAAUAAGAAACAGUCUAAUCGCUAUGACAAUAUCAACACUGAUGGUUGAACUUUUUUUUUCCUUAAUCGAUGCGAUGGACCUGCAACCGCAGCAGCAGCAAACUGACCUCCAGGACAUUUUUACUGAGAGGACCGUCUGGGGCGCCUUUCCCCCAGGCCACGAAUGCGCGUGGAGUCGAUCAUCAGUCAAAGAGGAGAGACAUGAAAAUCAAAAGCACUUUUAAUAUAUCAUUUCAAAAUACAUUUUGUUUGUUUCGUCUUGGAAGAAAUUUUCAUUGUUUCUUGAAUUUUAUUGGUUGUUGCCUUCAAUUUGCUUACUCCAUGAUGCAGCUUUUUGCAGAAGGGUCGGUUGAUGAAGUUGUGUGAUGGUGACUGUACUAUUAAAAAAAGAAAUAGGCAA